AUGCUAGAGAAAUUGCUGAGGAAGAAGAAGAGAGUAGUGAAGCGUAUUAUGGAGGAGGAGGAGGAGGGAGGCGAAAAUAUCUGGAGCGUGAUUGGGGAAAUGCUAGAUCCAAAGCAAAAGCACGCUCUCUUCCAACGUGCAACUCUGCUCAAAGGUCAGCCGUUCUGGGUUCUCGUUCUUUUUACUUGGGGUUCUCUCUUGGCUCUUAAUUUUGCUCUCGCAUUCUUCAAAUGGGUCUACGUCAAUUUUCUCAGACCCGCUAAGACUCUCAAAAAGUACGAGUCUUGGGCACUCGUUACCGAACUCUCUGGCAGUAUUGGCAAGGGUUUCGCUUUUCAAUUGGCCCGUAAAGGGAUUAAUAUGAUAUUGGUGAGUCAAAAUCCGGACAAGCUCAAAGAUGUUUCGGAUUCGAUUCAAGCCAAGUACAGUAAGACCCAGAUCAAGAUUGUUGUUGUGGCUUUUGCUGGUGAACUUUCCAAGGGUGUUAAGAGGAUUAGCGAAGCCAUUGAAGGGUUGGACGUUGGGGUUGUGAACUUGUGA